GCAGCGGCCGAGGACGGAGAGAGACUGGGCGUAGGUCUGGUACCAUGGCUCAGUUUGUGUUUGAGAAUGACCUGCAUUCACUGCUCCAGCUGGACACAUCUAUUGUCAAUGCACCCCCUGCCCGAUGGCAGCGCAAAGCCAAGGAAACCCCUGGGCCACCCCCUUCCCCAAUGCGCACGGCCAACCGAUCCCAUAGCUCUAGUAGAACGCCGGGCCGGACUCCUGGCAAAUCUAGUUCUAAGACACAGAGCACCCCCAGUAAAGCCGGGGGGGAUCGCUACAUCCCCCAUCGAAGCACUUCCCAGAUGGAGGUAGCCAGCUUCCUGCUAAGCAAGGAGAAUCAACCAGCCAACCACACGCCCACCAGGAAGGAGCAGCAGAAAGCCUGGUCCUUGAACCUGAAUGGUUUCGAUGUGGAAGAAGCCAAGAUCCUCCGGCUCAGUGGGAAGCCCCAGAAUGCCCCUGAGGGCUAUCAGAACAGCCUUCGGGUGCUCUAUAGUCAGAAGGCCACCCCAGGCUCCAGCAGGAAGAAGACCUGUCGCUACAUCCCCUCCCUCCCUGACCGAAUCCUAGACGCCCCCGAGAUCCGCAAUGACUACUACCUGAACCUCAUGGACUGGAGCUGUGGCAACGUGCUGGCUGUGGCUCUGGACACAUCAGUAUACCUGUGGAGUGCAGGCUCCGGGGAGAUCCUGCAGCUGCUGCAGACAGAGCGGCCCGGGGACUAUGUGUCCUCUGUGGCCUGGAUCAAGGAGGGAAACUACCUGGCUGUGGGCACCAGCAGUGCAGAGGUUCAGCUGUGGGACGUCCAGCAGCAGAAACGGCUCCGAAACAUGAGCAGCCACACAGCCCGUGUGGGCGCCCUGUCCUGGAACAGCUACAUCCUUUCCAGUGGGUCUCGGUCUGGCCACGUCCAUCACCACGAUGUCCGAGUGGCUGAACACCAUGUAGCCACACUGAGUGGACACAGCCAAGAAGUGUGUGGCCUACGCUGGUCCCCUGAUGGCCGUUACCUGGCUAGUGGUGGCAAUGACAACUUGGUGAACGUGUGGCCCAGUGCCCCUGGCGAUGGGGGCUGGGGACCCCUGCAGACCUUCACUCAGCAUGUGGGAGCAGUCAAGGCUGUGGCCUGGUGUCCCUGGCAGUCCAACGUGCUGGCCACCGGAGGUGGCACCAGCGACCGGCACAUCCGCAUCUGGAACGUUUGCUCAGGGGCAUGUCUCAGUGCUGUGGAUGCCCAGUCCCAGGUGUGCGCUAUCCUCUGGUCCCCACACUACAAAGAACUCAUUUCUGGCCAUGGCUUUGCCCAGAACCAGCUGGUCAUCUGGAAGUACCCCAGCAUGGCCAAGGUGGCUGAGCUCAAAGGUCACACGGCCCGAGUGCUGAGCCUGACCAUGAGCCCCGACGGCUGUACCGUGGCCUCAGCCGCUGCUGACGAGACCCUGCGCCUGUGGCGCUGCUUUGAGCUGGAUCCUGCGCAGCGGCGGGAGCGGGAGAAGGCGAGUGCAGCCAAAAGCAGCCUCAUCCACCAGGGCAUCCGCUGAGGCCGGCCCCAGCUCCCUCCCACUUCCCUGGGUUUUAUUUUUCUAAUAAAGACAUGUGUCGC